UUACCAAACGGACUAAUGUAUAGUGUAUACCCUUAAUUUGAACAAUGUGAAACGGUGCCGGCUUGCAUGUGAAAAUUUUUGUUCAUCGGAAAAUGGAACAGACGUAACACUUCAGUCUGUCUUGCGGCGUACCAAAACCCUAAACCUCAUUCCUCUGUCGUUAAUUCAAUCUGUCCGUUCCAUUUCUGGCGUCAAUCCUAGAAAAUUCCAAAAUCGCCAAUUCAGUUUGUUGACUUCAAGUCGCGGCAACGGCUUGCCCGAAGCUUUCGAGCAGAGGGUGGAAGAAGGUGGCAGCGGAAGACUGUUUACAGUUGGGAAAGGGGACGACAUGGCAUACGGUGGUACGGGCUCGGCGAUGACAGCCGGAGCGGCGGCUGCGCCGGCAAUGAGGCAAGUGAAAUUAGAAAAGGAGAGUGAACUUAGAAUUGAAGCCGCCCACGAGACACCGCUUCGAUUGAGGCUCCUAAACGGUACAGCUGAAAUCUUUGGCACUGAGCUUCCACGUGAAAUCUGGCUCACAUUCCCUCCCCGCUUGAAGUUCGCUGUGUUUACUUGGUACGGAGCUACAAUUGAGCUGGAUGGCGCCACAGAAACCGACUACACAGCUGAUGAGACACCUAUGGUUAGUUAUGUCAAUGUGCAUGCUAUACUUGAGGGGCGAAGGAUCCAAGCCAAAGCUUCUUCUUCAGGUGACUCUGAACACACUCAGGGUCCUAGGGUGAUUGUUGUGGGACCUACGGAUUCUGGAAAGAGCUCAUUGUCUAGGAUGCUGCUCAGUUGGGCAGCCAAACAAGGCUGGAAACCUACUUUCGUCGACUUGGAUGUGGGUCAAGGGGCUAUUACAAUUCCUGGAUGCAUUGCUGCUACCCCCAUAGAGUUGCCUAUCGACCCUGUUGAAGGCAUCCCCUUGGAAAUGCCUCUAGUUUAUUUUUAUGGCCACACAACUCCCAGUCAAAAUGUGGAGUUAUAUAGAACACUUGUUAAGGAGCUAGCCGAAGUACUGGAGAAACAAUUUACUGGAAAUGCUGAAUCUCGUGCUGCAGGCAUGGUGAUCAAUACAAUGGGAUGGAUAGAAGGCGUAGGCUAUGAGCUGCUUCUUCAUGCCAUCGAUACAUUUCAAGCAAAUGUUGUCUUGGUUUUGGGCCAGGAAAAACUUUUCAGCAUGCUGAGGGAUGUGUUAAGGAAUAAGCCUAACGUGGAUGUAGUCAAACUUCAGAAGUCAGGUGGUGUAGUAUCCAGAACUCAGAAACUCCGCCAGAGAUCCAGGAGUUUCAGGAUCAGGGAAUACUAUUAUGGCAUUUCAAAUGAUCUAUCCCCGCACUCCAAUAUAGCAAACUUCAAUGAUCUGUUCGUAUACCGAGUUGGUGGGGGACCACAAGCCCCGAGAUCUGCUCUCCCGAUAGGUGCGGACCCAGUUGCCAACCCUCUGAGAGUUGCACCUGUGACUAUUGACGGUGAUUUGCUCCAUGUUGUCCUAGCUGUUUCAUAUGCACAAGAACCAGAUCAAAUUUCCUCUAGUAAUGUUGCUGGGUUCAUCUACGUGACUGACAUUGAUCUUCAGAGGAGGAAAAUGACAUACCUGUCACCGACUGCUGGUGAGCUACCAAGCAAGUAUUUGGUGAUGGGAACCCUGACUUGGCUCGAGACAUAAAGUGAACCACCUUGGUUUAACUCGGCUGGAGGCCCUCAAUACUAACCUUCCUCCAUGUCUAUGAUGAACUCAGGGUGAUAUCAUUUGUCAGAUCUGUGAGUUAGUUGCCACUCUCCUUUUUUUUUUUUUUUAUGAAUGUGUGGUUUGAUGAAUGUGAACAGUAUAUGCAAGGGACUAAACACUUCUAAGCUUUAGCAAGACGGCAUCAUGGUGGGAUUGGUAUUGAAUGGUAACAGCUGUGGGUGCGUCCUCAUCCAUCAAUCUGAUGAUGGAUUGGUCAUUGUGGCCUGUAUGAUGGGAAAACUCGAAUUACGUUUCUGAAAUGACAGAUGUGAUCCUAAAUGCUACGAACUUGUGACAUAGUCGAUCGAGGUUCAAACCUCCUGCUUCUUUGUAACAGCCAAGAUAACUACGUCGCAAGUGGUAUGCAUUGGAAGGCAGUGUAGCUUUUAUGUGGACCGACAAUUUCAUUCAUGCGUAUGUCACAAGCACCAUGUAAUCUCGCCUUAAGAAGACCUUAAGCUUUGGUUCCAAUUGCUAUGUAGGCAGUGGCGGAGCCAGAAAAUUGGCCAAGGGGGUGCUUCUUCAUGUCAUGAAAAAAUCAACUAUAUAAUAGAAAAGUCAACUCUAAACGAAAAUAUGAAAAUCAACUUCAUUAUAUGACUAAUUCAGUCUAUGUAGUUAAUUUGGAGAUGAAAUUGAGUAUAACAAACACACAAACCUAACCCUAAAUUAACACAAAUAAUAAAAUUUUCAAGUAAUUGAAAUUAAAACUUAGAUUUUACUUUGUUGUUAAAGAUUGAUGAUGUCAAACAAAGUAAUUUUGUGUUGUUGGCUUGUUGCUCCCCUACCCUGCUCACGAUUGAAAAGAGAAGGAUUUUUGGAGGUGAAGGACGGAGAAUGAAAGUCUGGAGCCUAGAAAUAGUUUGGAUUUGUUGGGUAGGAGCCGGAAAUAUGGGUGGUGGGUGGAGGUUCGGCGAGCUUGGAGCCGGAGAUGGAGAGCAUGGGGGCUGGAGGAUGGAUAGCUUGGAGGUUGGACGAGCUCGGCUUGCAACUCGCAGCGCCUCUGCUACCGCUGGGUGGAGGAAGAACGAAAUUGUAACUGGGGAUUGCUGGGAUAGACGAUUAAAGUUUUGCGUUUUGAUAUUAGGACAGAUAAUUAAUAUAAUUAAACAUGUAUGUAUUAUAAAUGAAAAACUCUUACUCAAGAUGGUAAAGAUUUCUCAUUGUCAACCACUAAAUUAGUGAUUCGAUCCUUGCUUCCUACUAACAUAUAUUGGAUUUUUUUUCCCGUCCAAGGAGGGUGCAUGCACCCCCCUCAAGUAUGCACAGCUCCGCCACUGUAUGUAGGGGACCUUGUGGAUACGUACGACCUAGGCUUGUUCUCUUGCAGAUAAGCUGUCGAGGAUUAAGGUCAUAUGGUUAGAAGAUGGCUGGACGUUUGAGCGGUUCUAUGGCAUGGUCCAUUGGCUAGUCUAAAAGGUCUUACAAGCUCUAUUGCGUUGAGCUUGUAGCCAAUUUAUAUUUUCCUUGUGAUUUUGAGGUCUUAAAACAAAUAAAAGAGUAUAACAUGAUCUCAAUUGACUAGAUUUCCUAGAUGACCUUAUUCGUUGGCAAGUUUAAAAGAUCUCAGUAGUCGUAACAUCGGGCUAAUUUAUAUUUCUUGGUGAUUUUGAAGUUGUAAAACUAAAAAAACUGAGUAAAGUAUAAUUUCUUUUAAUUACCUCUAUGAUAGACACCCUUUUGAUGUCCACUUGGAUCUCAAUCAAACAAAUUUCUUACCUUGGAGUCCUUGUAUAGAAGUAGAUUAGGCAGUCUUAUCGAUACUUUCAAAUCCUCCUUACAAUGACAAAUUUCCAUCUUGAACCUAUUUUUCUGUGUAAACAAACUUAAAGUUUGCAU